AUGAAGGAAAUUGCACAUAGCCAGGCCUAUGGAAAUCGUGUAUUUAGUCGUGAUAGCGCUGUUGAUAGCCAGAAAGAUGUUUCAAUUAGUACGGAACAACCAAAAACAACUAGUAAAUUAACACCAUAUCUCUUUGAAGGUGAUAUAUUCCUUUCAACAAGUCAAGCAAUGACCAUACUGGACUCAUUGGUCAGUAAAAAUAGUACAAAUAAAAAAGGGAAACAACGUAUAGCGCAUGAUGCGCCCUUGUAUUUGUUUCGUGGAGCGUUUCAAAAAGAGAAACGUUUUAGUAGCGAUCCUGAGGCUAAAUGGUUACAGUUUCCUAUAAAAUAUCGAUUUGAUGAAUCACUUGAUAUUCUACAAAUCAGCCAAAUUCUAAAAGCUCUGGGAAUAUGGCAAAGUAAAACAUGUAUUACAUUCGAGAAUGAUCAGGAAGCUAGCGGUGAUUAUCUCGAAUUUUUUGGAGGUGACGGAUGUUAUUCGAUGAUCGGUCGUUUUGGAGGUAGGCAAGGAAUAUCCAUUGGUAAGGGAUGUGAAAGGAUAGGUACCAUAGUCCACGAACUUGGCCAUACAUUAGGUUUAUGGCACGAGCAAUCCAGGCCUGAUGCGGAAAAAUAUAUUACGGUAGUGAAGGAUUAUAUAAUUCCAUCCUAUAUUAGCGAAUUUUUGAAACGUAGUGAAAAUGAAAUUACAACUUUUGAUGUGCCAUACGAUCUCGGUUCCAUCAUGCAUUAUGGUUCAACAGCAUUUAGCGUAGAUCAGAAAAGCAAGACACUUCUAACGAGGGACCCAUUCUAUCAGAUGACAAUCGGUCAACGAGAUUCAUUGUCCUUCUACGACAUUAAAUUGAUCAAUGAGGCUUAUUGCAAAAGCUACUGUAAAGAAAAAAAUGAAUGCAGAAAUGGUGGUUAUCUGAAUCCCAGUGAUUGUAAAAGUUGCUUUUGUCCGAGCGGUUUUGGUGGUGCAAAGUGUGAAAUGCAUGAUGCUAGCGAAUCGAAUAGCAACUGUGGCGGAACGUUGAAAGCUGGAAAUGAUUGGAAGCAGAUUGAAUCACCAGGAUAUCCCGAUGGAUAUCCAACGAAUAUCACAUGCAAUUGGCUUAUUAAAACUAAUGAAGAAGAAAGAAUUGAAAUUAGUUUCGAAGAUGAUUUUGGCAUAUUUUGCUCCACUACUUGUGUUGAUUAUAUUGAAUUGAAAAUUGGCAAUGACAUGGCUAAUACCGGUUACAGGAUAUGCUGCUAUGAUAAACCAGCGAAUCCGUUAAUUUCGGAAAUGUAUCAAGCUGUCAUCAUAUUUCGAGCAACAAUAGCAGAAGAUACCGGUUUCAAGCUCAAAUUUCGGAAAACUAUGAAACCAGCCCAAACGACCUCUGCAUUACUCAAAACGACAACUAUAGCUCCUCGUACAACGAUAGCUGGAAAGAAUAUUUGGUCCGAAUGGGGCGAAUGGUCACAAUGUUCACGAUCAUGUGGUGCUUGUGGUAUACAGUCUAGAAUUCGGACAUGCAAAACGGCCCAUUGCAGCGGUAAAGGUCAAGAAUUCUCAACAUGUAACCUACAAGCAUGUCCUGUUGAUGCAAGAUGCCACCAGAUUAAAUUCAAAAAUCGAAUAUGUGCUGAUGGUAGCAUAUGCACCAAACCUGGAGAUCUAUUAACAAGUUGUAGUCGACCAAGCUGCUGUCCGCCAUUUCAGAAUGUCGACGGCAAAUGUAAAAGUGACCAACCUGUUUUGAAUUCAUUUACAUAA